AGUUGUACAGCUAAAUUCAGGCCGUAUAAGAUUUAAAGAUGGCUGCAGUUAAAAUAGGACCUCAUUUAAAAGAAUUGCGAAUUCUUUUAUGUCAAACAUCAAAAAGUAGUCAGGGUGUUAGAGAUUUUAUCAGUGCACAAUAUGUACCUCUUAAAAAACAGAACCCAAAUCUUCCAGUUUUGAUUAGAGAAUGUUCUUCAACUGAACCUUUUCUGUAUGCACGAUAUGAAUACGGCAAAGAGCAAUGUGUUUCCCUGCAAAAUUUAAACCCUGCAGAAAUCCUUAAACGGAUUGAAGAGCUUGCAAGUAGUAAACCACAAUAAUAUUUAUAGUAUAAGUGUAUUUUAAUUUAUUCAAAUAUAAAAUAAAGUAGUUACAUAAAUUUAACAAAUAAUGUAAUAGUACUUUAUAGUUCCUGUAAGCAAUGUUCUGUACAAAGAAAAAUAUCCUGCGAUGAAUAAAUUUAAUUGUUUCUGCCACA